UAUCUUAAUGUAUCUUACCGGUAUUUGAUUAGCAUUAUUAUAGAUGAUUAAGAUACAUUAUUUAUGUUGAAUUAAAUAAGAUAAGAUAAGAUAAGAUUUUAUUGCAUCGAAACAUCCAUUUAGGACAGCAUACAAUAUAAACGAUGUACAUAAAAAUUAUAACGAUAUGACAAUUAUUACACAAGACACACAAUAUUGCAUCAGAACCUCCCUUGAGGACAACAUACAAUAUAGGAAAUAUGAAGAAACAUAAUAUCCUUUAUUGACACUAAAAGCAAAGGUUCAGUAUUGGUCCUGUAGUACGUAGUGAUGUAAAGGAUGAAACUGGUGUUUACAAGAUUACAACUCAAUAGAUUUCAAGUGACUUUAUAGCUGGAUUUCUUACCGUUGAAGAGAGAAGAAUUAAGAGAAAAAGUGAAAAUGUCAAAGCAUUCUGUCUCCGUUAAAAUCUAUAAGUGUGAUAUUUGUGGUAAAUCACUAGCAAACUCUUCUGGUUUAAGUAGACACAUUAUGAUUCAUACUGGAGAGAGGCCAUAUAAAUGUGAUGUCUGUAGUAAAUCAUUCAGACAAAAGGGUGAUUUGAAAACACACACUAGAACCCACAUUGAGACAAAACCCUUUACUUGUGAUGUUUGCAGUAAAUCUUUUACAACUAGUAGCGGUCUACAAGCACACACCAGAAUUCAUACCGGUGAAAAACUCUUUUCUUGUGAUGUUUGUAGAAAAUCGUUUACCACUAGAGGUGAUCUAAAGCGACACACCAGAAUUCAUACUGGUGAAAAACCCCUUUCUUGUGAUGUUUGUAGAAAAUCCUUUAUAAAAAUUGGUUCUCUACAGUGCCACCAGAGAACCCACACUGGCGAAAAACCCUUUUCUUGUGAUGUUUGUAGUAAAUCUUUUACAGAUAUAAGUAAUCUACAUGUACACACUAGAAUACAUACUGGCGAAAAACCCUUUUCUUGUGAUGUUUGUAGAAAAUCCUUUAGGACUAGUAGCAGUCUACAUUUACACAUAAGAACCCAUGCUGGCGACAAGCCCUUUACUUGUGAUGUUUGUAGAAAAUCCUUUAGACAAAGUAGUCAUCUACGACGACACACCAUAACUCAUACUGAACAAAAACCCUUUACUUGUGAUGUUUGUAGUAAAUCAUUUAAUUGUGGUAGUAAUCUACGUAAACAUAAAAAGAUUCAUACUAGAGAAUAAAGUACUGGUGAAAAGUCUUUUACAUCUUGCGGUCAUCUACCACAACACAAUAAAUCGAUUAUCAACUAAAAAAAAAUGAAAUGGAGUUUAACGUCUUACUUUUUCUGCUACGAACUGUCCUAAUGAAGACGGGCACACGCCAUACAGUGUGCUAUGAGGGAAAUUUUGCCCAGACAGCGGCACUACGGUCUACUUGUAUAUCGAAUACCAACUGUCAAUGUGUAUACGGGACCUUGGUUUUUCAUCCCAUCCAAACGACUAGACAGCUGUCCUUGUUAGUCAGGCCCUCCGUCCUGCAUCACAGACAAGGCGGAACCACGCCGGAAAAUCUGGAUGAACUUUCUCGGCCAGCCAGCGUCUUACCCACUCAGCCACCGUUACCCCCACCUUCAAAAAUAUUCAACACAAAAUCUCAUACUAACCAAUAUAAAAGGAAAAUCAUUUGGGGAGACAUGUCGGGAGAAGGGAACAGACUGGGGAGAAGGCGACAGGCUAGGGAGAAGGUGACAGACUGGGGAGAAGGCGACAGACUAGGGAGAUGGUGGACAGACUAGGGAGAAGGCGGACAGACUAGGAAGAAGGUGACAGACUAGGGAAAAGGGACUAGGGAGAAGGUGACAGACUAGGAAGAAGGUGACAGACUAGGGAGAAGGGACUAGGGAGAAGGUGACAGACUAGGAAGAAGGCGACAGACUAGGGACAAGGGGACAGACUGGGAGAAGGGGACAGGCUAGGGAGAAGGGGGCAGACUAGGGAGAAGGUGACAGACUAGGGAGAAGGCGACAGACUAGGGAGAAGGGGACAGACUAGGGAGAAGGUGACAGACUAGGAAGAAGGCGACAGACUAGGGAGAAGGGGACAGACUGAGAGAAGGCAACAGGCUAGGGAGAUGGUGGACAGACUAGGAAGAAGGCGACAGACUAGGGAGAAGGGGACAGACUGGGAGAAGGCAACAGGCUAGGGAGAAGGGGGCAGACUAGGGAGAAGGUGACAGACUAGGGAGAAGGCGACAGACUAGGGAGAUGGUGGACAGACUAGGGAGAAGGCGGACAGACUAGGAAGAAGGUGACAGACUAGGGAGAAGGGACUAGGGAGAAGGUGACAGACUGGGAAGAAGGUGACAGACUAGGGAGAAGGGACUAGGGAGAAGGUGACAGACUAGGAAGAAGGCGACAGACUAGGGAGAAGGGGACAGACUGGAGAGAAGGUGACAGACUAGGGAGAAGGUGACAGACUAGGGAGAAGGCGGACAGACUGGGGAGAAGGCGGACAGACUGUGGAGAAGAUGGACAGACUGGGGAGAAGGUGACAGACUGGGGAGAAGGUGACAGGCUAGAGAUGUAGCACAAAAUAGAUAAAUAUAUAUAUUGUAUAAUUAUAGAUUUCACAGUUUAUAUAGAAUAUAAAUAUGAUUAAAGAAA